ACAGCUCGACUGACUCCUCUUGAUUUUGGGCCUGUUCUCGGGUCCCCGUCUGUCCUACUCACCUCACAUGUUGGUUAGCCAACCAGAUGGCUGCUCGCCCCAGGAUGGGGUACAACAAUGUCCUGUGUCCUUGCACUACCUGUGUGCCUGGCCCCACCUUGCCAGCCAGCUCCUGUAUUUGUUCUCUAGAGUCACCUUGGGGAAUUCUUGGGAAACACAAACUCUUGUGUUGUGGAAAGUGCGAUAAGCGAAGAGAGAUGAAUAGUAUCAGAGACGGGGCAGGGGAGACAGGGAGAGGGUGUGGGCCGUGCUGGAGAGCUUGUAUAAAGGAGGAUGCAGAAGGCUGCCAACGCUCCCUGGCUCCCACAAUCCUGCCCCCCGGCAGAACCAUUGCCCAGAAGACAAGGCAGGAUGUCCCCCUGGGUCCUCGCUGUUCUGUGUGCGCUCUGCGCAGCCGGCAGUGCCAUGGAAAUGUGCACUGUUCCUGUCGACCAGCAGCACCUGGUCACUAAACUCCAGAGUAGCCUGGAGAGCUCUGUGGUUCUGCAGAGCCCACCGAACCCCAGCAUCCUCAUCGCUUUGAAUCUGGCCGGUGCCCAGAACAGCACGAUGGAAAACCUACUGGUGCAGCAGAUCAUAGACCGGGUCAUCCAGAAUGGCACAGCAGGAAUGACCUCUGGCGAGGUGGCCCUCUACAUCCUCGCCCUCCUCUCGUCCUGCAAGGACCCCAAGAAUGUCACACCUGAGAUCAACUUGGUCGAAGUCUUAAAAUGCAAAACCGAUGAGGAAUUGGCCUAUUUGAGUAAAAACGACUCUCCCAAGACGACGUUCUACCAGCUUGGCCUUGACACGCUGGCUCUGUGCCUGGAGGGGGCGGAUGCCCAGGAGGCAGCUGUACCCCUGGCCAGGCUGGCACUGGCUGAGGACCUCUCUGUGGACACCGGUGCCAUGGUGACACUGGCGCUGACCUGUGUGCACGAUGGGCUGCCGAAGGCUGAGCAGAGCAGGAUCCAGGAGGUCAUCGACGGUGCGCUGAGCAGGCUCCAGCAGCAGAUCCUCAAGGCCCUGGAAACCAACACCGCAAACAUAUACAGCGUUGGCUUGGCUCUGCAGGCGCUCACUGCCACUUCGGCGUCCUAUCCCUCCAGGGACUGGAGCUGCUCACAGACCCUCACCAGGGUGCUCACGGAGAUCUCCCGGGGAGCCUUCAACAACCCCAUGGCUGCUGCCCAGAUCCUCCCUUCCCUCGUGGGCCAAACCUACCUGAGUGUGACCAGACUCAGCUGCCCCUCAGAUACAAUCACAGUGAAAUACACCAUCAUCAACCACCUCAGAGGGACACGCUUUGAAAAUACCACCACCGUGAGUGUACCCAAUGGCUCCGUCCUGCUCUCUGUCCUGCAGGAGGCUAAGCAGAAAGAGCCACAGAUAUUCAGCUACGAAACAGAGCAGACAUCCUGGGGCCUCAUGGUGGUCUCCAUCAACCAUCGUGCUGCCAGCACCAAUGACAGGACCUUCUGGCAGUUCUUCAAUGGCACAAAACCCCUGGAUCAAGGUGUCGACAGCUACAUACCGAGUAACAACGAGCAUAUCAAGGCCAUCUUCAGCACAUACUGAGCACGCAGGUGGCCUGAGGGAGGAGGGAGAUGCAAUCAAGCACAGGAGAGGCCUCUUCUAUCACCCUUCAAGAUCACAAGCCAGGCAAGACCCCUCUUGCCUAAGAAGAUACAUUCUUAGCCCAUCACAGGGCUGUCAAGGACAAAUAAAAAGAUUUUUCUGGUUCUCAUGGAUCGCUGAGAGUUUAUGUCACUUUGGGUACAUCUAGACUACAAGCCUCUU